UAAUGACCUGCCUUCCCAAAAAAUAAUAUAUAAAGUGUGAAAAACAAUGGCAGGGCCAGUAGCCGAGGUCAAUGAAUUCGCACCCGAUAUGACCGGUCUGUCGGAAGCGGAAAAAUCACAUUUGAUAGGAGUGCUACGUAAAGCCAAGGAAAUGGAAGACGAAGCAAUUUUAAAUCAGCCCUUCGAGGGAAGUCUUAGUAAAUAUACAAAUGUUAUGAAAGGUUUUCAGUUUCGUUGGUUCGUUUUAGACCCAAUUACUGGUCAGCUUAAUUAUUAUGUGAGUGAAGAAGCGAGAAAAAGCAAUCGACCGAGAGGAUCCGUGACUUUAGCAGGUGCAGUAGUUUCUCCCACGGAUGAAGAUUCACAGACAUUUAACGUGAAUGCAACGAAUGGUGAGGUAUUUAGGCUUCGAGCACAAGACGCUAAGGAACGCCAGCAUUGGGUCAGUCGAUUACGAGCAGUUGUACAGAAAUUUAAUGAAUCUUUAUCAAAAAAUUUAAGACAAUCAACAAUUUCCCCAGAGCAAAUAUCCACAGAGUUGCCGCAUUCUCACGUGCAACAUCUGAAUGUAGGUGAAUCACCGAACAGUACACUAAGUUACUCAACUCAGGUCCGCACCAAACGAUCGUAUUCAUCUCCCGCCACAAGAGAGUCUAUUCACAAUGCAGAACAACUUAUAGAUCAGGCACAAACUCAAAAACAUAAACUUGUAGCAAAUAUUGAGAGAUUACCUCAGUCUGGAACCUCUAUUACUGCAUUGGAAGAGGAAUGUUUGUUAUUAAAAGCGACAUCACAGUCUACAGUCUCAUGCCUUGAAGAUUGUUUGAACAUGUUACAAGAGCAAGACCAUACACAUUUUCCUCAAAGUAACUCAGAUUUGGAAAUAUCAAAAUCAAUGGCAAGCAUAAGUGUUGAUAUUAAAUCCAGUCUACCGGAACUCACAAGUCAUAAUUUCCAAUCCUCUACACCCUUGAACAAAAUGCCUCAUAUAGUACCAGAAAUUAACCAUGAUGAUGAUGUCUGUGAUCCAGCCAUUGAUGAGGAGAAGGAAUUAGGCGGAGUGGAGCAACACAAGAGUGUCAUCCUGCACUUAUUAUCUCAACUCAAACUUGGCAUGGAUCUGACAAGGGUUGUCCUGCCAACAUUUAUUUUAGAAAAGAGGUCAUUAUUGGAAAUGUUUGCAGAUUUCUUUGGGCAUCCGGAUAUGUUCCUAAGGAUUGCCGACCAAGUUACACCAGAAGCUAGGAUGCUAGCUGUCCUUGAGUAUUACCUCUGCUCCUUCCAUGUGGGAAGAAAGGGUUCAUUAGCCAAAAAACCUUACAAUCCAAUUAUUGGAGAGAGCUUCCAUUGCUCUUGGCAAGUUCCAUCACCACAGCAACCAGGUCAGAGUUCAAAGGGAAGUUCUAAAUGUAGGUUGAAUUACUUAGCGGAGCAAGUAUCCCAUCAUCCUCCAGUUACUGCAUUCUAUACUGAAUGUCCAGAGAAACGUAUCAGAAUGAAUGCAUGGAUAUGGACCAAGUCAAAGUUCAUGGGGAUGUCUGUCGGUGUAGUAAUGGUUGGUGACGGCAAUAUUCAUCUGCUAGAACAUAAUGAAAAUUAUACACUGACUUUUCCAAGUGCUUUUGGGAGGUCAAUUUUAACAGUUCCGUGGAUGGAGUUGCGAAAUAAAAAUCCCUGGUAG